GUUCCCCUUCCAUUCAUCAUAAAAGACAUUUUCAAGAUCAUGGUAUUUUGUCGUAAUUAUUGUUUUUCCGUGUGAAAUCUUCAUUUGCGAUGCUUCUCUCAUGAAAUACCCAAAUAUUAUUGCGUAUAUUCAGUUAAAAAGGGUCAAAGGGAUGUAAAUAAUGUGAGGUGUAUUGCAGAGAAGAGUAAAAUACGUGGAAAAGUCGUGUGAAAAUGGGUUACACAAAGUCAGCUGUUUUGUUCCUAAUCCUUAUCAUUUUCUGCUCCGUUUAUGUUGCUAAAGUGACCAAUUUGAUAAAUGUGAAUGGGAAUUUCGCCAGCCGGAGUACUGCUGAGGAGUGGCAGCUGAGGGAGGAAUCUAAGCAGCAAGAUAAUCCCAAAGUUGGCAAUAGAACGGAACACCUGAUGUGGUUUCUGCAGAUAUCUGACCUUCACAUUAGUAUGUUCAGAGAUGAGGAAAGGGUCAAGAAUUUGGGAGAUUUCAUGCACCGUACGCUGGCGGCUGUGCAACCUGCAGUCGUGGUGGUGAGUGGAGAUCUAACAGAUGCAAGGAGUCUCAAUCACAUUGGGUCUGAGCAAUUUGAAGGUGAAUGGGAGAUCUAUCGGAACCUCUUGCAUGAGCACAAUGUCACACGGAAGACUGUGUGGCUGGAUCUGCGGGGGAAUCACGAUAAUUUCAACGUUGCCGGAAGGAACUCGUCCAGCAAUUUAUUCCAAAAGUAUUCCGUGCAGGGGGCAAAGCAUUCCAAAUCGUACAUGCAUCAAGUGACUGUAGCUGGAGACAAGUACACCUUUAUUGCGGUAGAUGCUUGCUUGGAGCCAGGUCCAAAGCGUCCAUACAAUUUUAUUGGGAUGAUUACGGGGGAUGAGCUUGAGAACAUUCAACACCUAAUGGAGGACGCCAGGGAGUCUGGAAGUAAAUACACCGUGUGGUUUGGACACUAUCCCACAUCAUGCAUUUUGACUCCAUCUGCAGGCAGUGGGGGUAUUCGGGAUGUGAUUGGAAAGCAUCCGGAUAGUCUUGUGUACCUCUGUGGGCAUCUACACACAAUGGGUGGGAUGGUGAAGCACAUGUAUACGGUGCAGAAAGCGGGAUUCCUCGAGCUAGAGCUGGGAGAUUGGAAAGACAAUCGACUCUUUAGACUGGCAGCAAUUGAUCAUGGGAUGUUCUCCUUCGUUGAUGUUCAUCACAAUGAGUGGCCCAUUGUUUUGAUAACAAAUCCCAAAGAUGCCCUCUUUAACAAUCCCCUACGUGAGGACAUUCGUCUUCAGGCUGAAUCCACCCACAUCCGUUUACUUGCAUUUAGUUUGGCACCAAUUGUUGAGUGUCGCAUUCGUGUGGAUUCAGAACCUUUUGUUGCAUGUGAGAGGAUCACAGAUUCGGUUUUUGCAACAAAAUGGGAACCACGAAAGUUCUGGUAUGGCGUUCACCAUGUGGAGGUAAUCGUCAAGGAUGCUGAUGGAAGGGAAAAGGGUGUGCGGCAGGCUUUCUCCCUCGAUGGGACACCCUUGAGUUUUGCCCUAAAAGCUCGGCUUGUCCUAAUGUCGGAUGCUUGCCACAUAUUCCAAGCAUUCUUUGGAACAAUGCUCAUCAUCUGCCUCCUACCCUUAGUCAUCUUCCGCAUUUGGCACAUGGCGGUAGUGCGUGGAAAAGCAAAACGUCCCCGUAUUCAGUGGACCUUUGUGCGAUGUUGGGUGAGAAAGUUGUGGCUCCUCUCGUCUGUCAAUCGCAUCUUCUACCCACUCUUGAUUUUCUUCAUUUACCUCCUCGUGGGACCGUGGUCAGUGGCUGAUGUUAUUGAUGGUCAUUUUGGAGUUGUCUUCAUGUGGGGCAUUAUUGUAGAUGGAAUCAUCCUGCCGGGUUCUCUCACAUACCUAUAUGGAUUCUUUCAGCUACUCCUGUGUCAGUUGCCACUCAUCUACGUGUACGCCAGUAUCCUCGAUCGACGCUACAGGCACAUACUUAGCCCGCCGAAUCGCCCAAAAGGACGUCUGAGGAAAUUCCUGCAGCAUCUGCCUUUCCUCACCAUCAUCACUGUGGAAUUUAUCUUAUUGUACUUCCACUGGGCAUCCUACGGGUUUCUAGCGCUCAUUCUCAGCCCACUAAGAACGUGGUCGCUAAUCCUAAACUUUUCCCUUUGGUACCAAGCUCAAUAUAUGCCAGACAAGUGUCUGCAUGCUGGCUCAGCUGUGUGGUCAACACAGCCCAAAUUGGUCAAAGAUGACAAUUAGAUUUUUAGAUAUACAUAUACCAGCAUAAAAUACAUAAAAAUUGGUUAUUCCAUACUUAUUUGCACAUCACAACUCCAUCUGCUAGGUCAGGUGAGAGGUACAAUCGUGCUCAAAAUUAUCUACCUACAUAGAAGAUCCGCUCUGAAAAUAUAAUUUUUCUUUCAGUGGA